AUGCCACCGGUUAGUGACUCUGACAUUGCCGACCUCGAAGCCGGAAUGGCGACGAUCGACCUGCAAACUCAGGGAAACCAAGAGAUACAUCGAAUCCGGCAACAAGAUGGCAUUUCUAUCGAGCGACGAGGCCUUCAUCACAAGUGGAUGCCCACGGCUGAGAGACAACAAGGACUGAAAGAGGACAGUCAGGAAUACUUGAAGACGGCAAGAGUGGAUCUCCUCCACAAGACAAUCGAUCGCCAUCCUCAGUACCGUCCAUGGACAAAAUACGUCGAGAGACACAUGUCUUCUGAUGGCACCAUAUUCCCGCCUCGACCGGAUUUCUUCUCCAAAGCCGGCCAGCCUGAUCCAUUGGGCAAGUCCAAGACACUCCAAGAGGCUCCCGGUCCAGCUGCGAAUUUACGCCAAGAGGAAGCUCGACAGGCUUCGGAGUUCAGAGGAAAUUGGAAAAAAGCAAGUCAGUCAACCUCGUCUGCGACCGAGAUAUGGAAGACGAACAUGGAAAACCAGAUGCAACUCAAGAUUACACCUCAGGGGCCGGUGACCAGUGCCAUACCCGUCAGAAAAAGCCCUCAGAAGUCGGUGGACAGUGCCAUGACACGCAAAGGUACACCUCCGAGGGCGGUGAGCGGUACGCUACCAGUCAAAGCGACUGCUCAGAAGUCGGUCAGCAGUGGCAUGCCGGUCAAAGAAACCCCUCAGAAGCUGGUGAACAAUGCCGUGCCGGUUGGAGGAACUGGUCAGAAGCCUGUGAGCCGUGCCACGCCAGCCAAAGAAACCCCUCGGAAGCCGGUGCUGCCAGUCAAAGCAAGCCCUGAGAAACCUGUGAACAAUGCCGUGCCAAUCAAAGGAACUGCUCAGAAGCCUGUCAACAGUACCAUACCAGCCAAAGCAAGCCCUGAGAAAGCUGCGAACAAUGCAUUGCAAUUCACAGGUAAUCCUCCGGUGCGGGUGCCUCCUGAAGAGCUUCUCUACGGAAGCCCUCAGAUGAUCGUGCGUCCUGAGUGGCGAGGUGUCGGACCCCCUCGAUUUUCUGUACCUCCUGAGUGGAUAGUCAAUGGAACACUUCAGGAUCCUGUGGACAGAGUCGAGCAGCACCAGGAGUACGAGCAGUACGGAAACCCUCAGACGAGUGUUCCUCCUGAAGAGCGAAGCCCUGUGAUGUUUAUGCCUCCUGAUUGGCGAUUUGUCCAAUCCCUUCAACUCUUUGAGAGACUCGACCAGUUCGAGGAGAAGUACUUUAACGGAAUCCCUCAGCUGUAUUUGCCGUUUGAGUGGCGACGAUUCCUCCAACCUGGAAUCCCCCAAAUGACUGUGCCUGCUGAGUGGCCAGUAGACAGAACCCACCAGGAUCGUGUGAACAGAGUCAACCGGUACGAGCGGGAUGGAACGCCUCAGAUAAAUGUGACUCCUGACUGGCUAAUCGACCCAAUCCUUCGGGAUCCUGUGGACAGAGUCGAUCAGUACCAGGAAUACGGAGCCCCUCAGAUGAUAGUGCCUCCUGAGAGACCAGUCAACCCAACCGUUCGGCGGGCUUUGAGCAAAGUCGAGCAGCACGAGGAGAAACUUCGAGCCAGAGCCUGGAAGUGGGUCAGAUGUACCGACGGAGUUGUUCGACACCGGCUUGUCUAA